AUGGCUAGAGGCAAGAUUAAUGCUUUGGUUAUUCCAAAAAAAAUUACACUGCCGGCAUCUACCAAAAUUGCUAUUGAACAGGAUAUUACUGGAGCCAUGAGUAGACGCCCCAUUAGAGAUGCUGUUAAUGGGAUCAUUGGAUUUGGCACCGAUGCAUACGCCUCAUACAAAGAUAAGAAAGCCAAUCUGGAAGGGACUAUAGAAGCGAGCGACCAGAAAGAAAAAACCCCAGAUGCUUCUGCUGAUCCCUCCGAUAGCGAUGAAACUAUCUCCAAUGCUCAUGAAUACGAAAGUUACGAUGAAGAUGAUGAAGGCGAUUGGAUUAGAGACGAUACACAAGCCGAAUUGUCUCUAUAUGACCAGGAAGUGGUGGAUGAACCUGAGAGUGUAAAGCAAAUACUUGGAGACUUCACGAAACAACAUCCUGAUUCAUCUUCGUCAACACGACGAAACAAAAAGCAAGGGUUGGCUGUCCCAGUAAUUAUUCCAGAACGAAGACCAGGAUCUAAACAUCGAGGAUUUGUAAGGGCCUAUGCCCCUGUAUUGAUGGAUUGUGGCAUUGAUCAGGAGACUUUCAUCGAUUUCCUGAUAAGAUUCGAGGCUUCUAUCAAGGCAUCGCCCUAUUUUCAUGUAGUCAAUUUGGAUGUGGCUGCAAGUGUGAUGGCUGAAGGAAUCGCCGUAGCGCCGAGCAUUAUUGUUCACGCUGCUGCAUUUGCAGUGCAUACCAGUAUUGAGUUUAGUAAAAGGGCAUAUAUGUCUAAAGAGUACGUUCUGUCUGAUCCAUUGAUCGUCAAGCUGGGAGGUAUGAAUCUAGUUCUACCCCCUAGACAAAACAAAUACCUCCAGGGGAUGAAUGAGAAACUCUUCAAACCACACAGACUUUAUGCUAUGCUUAUGACUUGGAAACCAGUUCACUCCUCGAAUCCUCAACCGCUUGUAUCUACUGUUGAUAUGAACACCAAGAUAGUCACAUUCGUUGCUUCACGUGAGGUCAAAGGCCGCAGUGGCCUGCAAUCUACCAGUGAGAAUGCUAUGAAGAAAGCAGGAGUGUGGUUUGGAGAAUGGAGGGACGAGAGAAGCACAGCAAAAUUUGCAUACAAAAAUCCUUCGACAACGUUGGCAACUAACGCCGGCGAACCUCAAAUACCCUCAUCGCGCUGGGCCGAUCCAUCUCACCCAGUCAACCAAGGUGGAAUCAUUGGAGUAUUGUCCGGUGGUCACUUAGGGCGAACUGCCAAGAAAGAGAGAAGGCGGGAAAGAAAAGGUCUGCCGAAGGAUGAAAAUCCCAAACCUCAGAGGAUGGGAAUUUUAAGGACGGCAAAGAGGAAGCUUCACGAGGAUGUGUUGUAUCUCAUGAUCGUCAAUAUGCUGCCUGACGAAGAAAUGAAGAUUGCUGCGAACAUGGCAAAGGAAAAGAAAGCAUAA